AUGUGGAAGCCAGGCGAACAAGCCGGAGUCGUUCCCCGCCUAGGGGACCGCCUCCACCACCUGGUGCUAUCCUCCGACCACCUGCAGGUUCGAGGCGCAGGGACCACAACGAGCCUCACACCGAAAGCUCUCCGUCGCUGCCCAGCUCUCAGUUUGUGGUCUCCGGCGACAGCUCACAAGAGGAGAGCGAUUGCAGCUCGAGCUUCUCCCUCAUUCUGCAAGCCGGCCCUCUGGACGAGGCGAAAGCCUUCCUGCAAGGAUUAUAUGCCAAUCAACUCGGCGAACUUCACCCGACACUCAGUGCCCGCUCGAAAGCUGGCAAAAUGGCGUGGUAUCAACGAGAUGUGGCAGCGAUCGACUGGAACACUCUUUGUGCCAAGGCCGAUCAGUACCUGCAAGGAAGUUGGUUGGUGCAAUGGCAGAACUGGAAGAUGGCCAAUGCUCGUGGGCGGCGCCACGCCGGAGAGCCAAGGGCAUAAGACAGCUGCCAUUUUCUGGUGGAAGCAAACAAGCACCCCCUGGCGACCACAUCUUCUGCGAGCCUCCCAGUUCCAGCUCUACGCCUCCCGGGGCGUGGAUACGGCACCGCCCGCGCGCAGCUGCUGGCCCUGCCAGCCACAGCCAUGCAGGAAGCAUCUACAAGACCUCUCCGUGAAGGAGCUCCACCCGGGGAGGCUGCUUCAGCUACAGGCUGCCAGAGCCACCGAAGCGGCCAGAACCCAGGCUCGUGCCAUGCUCUGUGACGUCCAGCAACAGCUGGAGGAGCACUUUCCCUCGGAGGUUGCCAAAGACAUCAGUGCAGAUCCCAGGCCCGCGCACACUAGGCGGCUUGCUGCAGCAGUGGAGGAGCAGAUCUCUGCUGCUGAACGUGCAGUCGGUGCGCUUCCCGUCUUCUCACGGAGGACGGCUGAUGCUGAGCUGCCUCCUCCUUUGGAGCAUGGCCUAGAUCUCGAGAUACCCCUACUUCAGCACAAGCUGUCCAAAGUUGGGAUCCGUAAGGCUGUGCCCCCGCACAUUGCUCCAGCAGCAAUGUGGAGGCUCUGCUCAGGCCCGGUGGGAGCCCUACUGGGCCCUGCCCUCAAUAAGCACUACUCCCAAGGUCAGGUUGCGAGUGCUGAGGGGGACUGGAAAAACACCAAUGUGAUUUGGUUGCCAAAGCCACAUAAGAAGCCGAUCACAGUGGCCUCCAUGAGGCCCAUUGGCCUUCAGAGCCCGGCGACAAAGUCCUUUGCCAGUGCCUUAAAAGUUGCAGUGAUGGAGCAUCUCCAGCCUGUUGUCCGAGAGCUGCCGCAGUAUGCUUAUCUUCCCCACAGGGGCACCACAGAUGCAUUACUCAAAGUUCAUCAACACUUUGAGCAAACAGCGGCCCUUAUCGCUGCCAACAGAAUUGAUAGAUUCCAGCAGAAAGCAGGGAAGCAGAGAUCAGCAUGUGUGGGGGGAGUCUCCUUAUCCUUGGACCUCUCCAGUGCAUUCGACGGGGUACACCGACCCACUGCCUACCACACCAUGCUGCAACAUGGUGUUGAUAGAACCACUGUGAACAUCAUUCAAAGCCUGCACCAGCAGGCUCAGUACCAUUUCACAGUAGGCGGCUGCACUGACUUCGUAUGCACGACAAACGGCAUAAAGCAAGGUUGCACUAUAGCCCCGAGCAUCUGGGCAUUCUUCACUGUGGCCGUAAUGCUGAAAUUGGUUGAGGCAAGAAGCAUGGAGUGGCUGCAACAAGUCUGCACGCUCUUCGCAGACGACUGCUGGGGCAGCUGGCUCAUUCGCACAACCUCCGAUGUCACUCGUGCAAUCGCUGACAUUGCACACAUCAUAGCUGUGCUUGAGGACUUCCACCUCAGUGUCAACUACCAGAAAACCGCGAUUCUGCUGCGCCUCGAAGGCAAGCAGGCAGCACAAACCCUGGCUGGCUGCACGGUAGAAAAAGAAGGCAACACCUACCUGGAGGUGGACAUCAGAGGUGUCAUCAGGCUCAUACCGAUCAAAUCCCAGCAUGAGUAUCUGGGAACCACUGUCUCGUAUCACCACAGACAGGAUAACAACACCGCCAAACGUAUGCAGGCUGGCCAGCUCCGCUACCAAGACAUCCGCUGGAUCCUGAAUGGCCGCCAUGUCCUUACCAUCAAACAGCGGCGAUUGCUCGACAACCUGCGCACCUACAUCACACCCCAAACCGUAGCAUAUGGGAUGCCAGUGGAUUGCAGCCACCAGACACAAUUGCUUAUGUUGACUCCCUCCUUGAGCGUCUUGGUCAUCUCCCAGUUCACCCUCUUGCUACCUCAUACCACAACAAUCCCACCGACUGAUGGGCUCCCGCAGUGCUCGCUGUGCCUCAGGCGGUUCUACAGGUACCCUGCCAAAGAGACGGCUCCUGCGGAGCCGCAGCAGUCACCAGCCGACACAGUCAGCAGUGUGCUGUGCUUUUUCAGCUUUGCAUUGCAGUCACCUUUUGCAGGGAUGGCCGACACAGACGCCCAGCUGACGGAGGACAUCUUCCAAGCCUGCUUCCCCAGCGGCCAGACCCCGCUGCUGCAAUCACCUGUGGACCCGACUCAGUCCUUUCCGAACAAGAGGCCACGACCGGAGUUCCGAUCACGAGCGCGACCGGGGGACCGAAGGGGACAUCCUAUGUAUCACUCCAGUCCCUUCCAAACACCCAUGCCCUCCAGCGCGGGAAUCUCAGGAGAUACCUUCACUCAGGUGUGUCGUCUCUUGCUUCGCCACGAGGAGCAGCUGGCGCUGAUCAGGCAGGACCGAGGCCUGAUAGUGUUCGUGAAGCAGGAUCAGCACAGCAUCCUCCCAGCCCUCUACAAAGCCUCAGCUGCAUGGAACGAGAAAAAGGAGAAAGCAGCCAACCUGGAAGCAGGCCUCUCCUUGAAGACCGUGCUGCUCUCUUGUGUCAUUCGAGAACUCCUGUCGAGACUUCAAACUGUCACGUCGACAGAGGAUGGCAAGGCGAAGCUCCUUGCAGCGGGCUGGAUCAACAGCGAGGGUCACUGGGUUUAUCAGCGAUGGUGUGCGAAAACCAAACGUCUCAUUCGAGACGAGAAUCGCACCCCCCUGACUCACGACAAUGCGGUGAGGUUGCUCACUGCGUUGAGGGACUCGCUCAAUGGCGACAUCAUCCACAAGUUUGCGGCAACCCAACCUCUUUACAAGCUGGAGGAAGCCGGGCACCAGAGUGCAACCUUCUUCUUGGAAGUGUCCCUCCGGGGCAAGGAGUCCGACCUCGUGCAUGCCAUGCUUCUUCAGUUGGUCAACAGCUCGUUGACCCACUUGAUAGGAAUAUCAGUGAAACGAGAAAACGGCCAACGCUGCAAGUUGGCCCAACAAAUCGCGGAGCUUGCAUUCCGAGGGCUGGCAUUAACACAGAACAAUCUGGAUUGGGCGGCCACUCGCUUACAGAAUCAGGAGGCUACCAUCUUGCAGCUUCAAGCGGACCUUCGACGUCAGCAAAAGAUUAUGCUGGAUAUGCUGAUGCGACUGCAGAUCUUGGAACA